AUGGAAUCAAUACAUGCAAGGGAAGGCCUCCGACCCUUGACACACCACCGCCGGCAACGUCGCCCCUCUGUUAAAGUCAGUGAUGAAGUGGGAACCGAUAACGAGCGUUCGAGUGCCCGUCCUGUCAAAGGCAGGAGGAGGAGGAAGAAGAAGACCCUGAGAAAAAGGGCGCCUCGCUAUCGGACACCCAAUGGCGUUCCAAAGGACGACUCUGACAGUUCUGAUGAUGAUGAUGACGACGGCGGUGAAGGUGGCAGUCGCUUGCCACGAGAAUUCCGCAGAAAAACUGCCACAGGAAGGGUAAGCUUACCUCCGGAGGAGAGUAAGACUGUUAAGCCUUCUGGCGCCAUGUGGUCCGAGGGCGGAGGAAGUGAUUACAGCGGAGGAGACGAAAAGUCUACCUUGGCCGCCCGUCCUAACCAUGGUUUCAUCAUGCCCAUUAUCAAGAUCACUUAUGCAGACAAUGACCUGGAAGACAUCUACGGAUUCGACAAUUACGAGGACUUGAUUCAAGAGCAAUGGACGAACAACCAGGCUUAUGGCUACGUGAGGCCCAACGACGAAGUACACGACGUGGCGAAGGAAAAGAAUGAGAAAAGACCAGUGGACAGUGGCAGGACAAAGAAAAAUCAAGAAAAUGUGCAAAGAAAAAAGUAUGAUCCGCGGAAAUACAUAAAUAAUAAAGUCCGGGGAAGAAAGAGAAAAACUCACGAAAGGGACAGGCCCUUGACAAAAGUGCAAGAUCAAACUGUGACAAAACAAACAACUGAAGAGACAAGAGUGGAAAAUCAAACUGUGACAAAACAAACAACUGAAGAGACAAAAGUGCAAGAUCAAACUGUGACAAAACAAACAGCUCAAGAGACAAAAGUGCAAGAUCAAACUGUGACAAAACAAAAAACUCAGGAGACGUUGCCCAUAUUCGAAAAAGAAGCAUUACCUGCAAUAUUUGACGAGAGUGCCGAGGAGGACACGAAAAGGAUGCCAGUCAAGGCGUGGGAAGAGAGCAUGACAAGGUGA